AUGGAGCCUCACCCACCUCCCGACAGUGGUCUCGACUUCCCCGACGCUCCAUUUAUUCCGUACAAUAAAGUCGCCUUACGCCUUCUCGAGAUGCACUUCAAAGACGCACCAUACGUUCUCAAUCCGCCGUCAGCUUCGGACGAAAACGUCGACACGGUUAUGCACUCAACAGAGGUACCUCCCGUCGCAUCUCAGAGCUCUGGUUCGAAUAUCUUGCAGGAAACCCUUUCCCCCCUUCCGAAUCAACCAUCCGGCUCACUUCCGCACAUUCCAUCACCUAGUUCCGUCAACGAAGACGUAGAGAUGACCCUGUACGAGGAACCAUCGCUGCAUGACCAACGUAUGGACGAUUCGCCGCCGACGGGUCCCCCUGUAGACCAGGAAACUUCGAUACAGCAGUCUUUGCUCGAUUCCGACUCGGAUUGUCGUUCCAUGCACUCAGACGAGUCAAUGCAGGAUGACGAGGAUGUUUCUGGAGUGUCCGGAGAUAUUGGUGAGGUAGUGGGCUCGGAUGCAGAUGAAACAGUUAAUUUUUUGCGCCGUUUUAACAUUCUGGUGGACGCAGAAUACCGGCAAACGAUCUGCGUCGAGUGCAGCAGAAUCGUUCACCAUCCUCACAUGCACGGACACCAGAAAUGCGAACACUUCAAGUAUAGGCCCGGACAACACAAUACAGCCAAACUCCCUCCAAAGCAGCAAAUUGACGCUGCGCUCUCAUUUCUUGGUGCAGACACUCCUCUACCAAUCCCCAAAACAGGUAUACCGGCGAUUCCAGGCGUCGAGGUCGAAUCGGGCAUUCAGUGUAUCGAAACCGGAUGCCUGGCGUGUUUUUCAGGGAAAAAUAAGCGGGGCCUUAUCUAUCGACACUACGCCCGUAUCCAUCCGCUUGUCCAGCCACUGCCAAAAUUCGAAAAAUUCCCGAAACUGCUGUGCCAGUCGAGCUCCACACAGAAAAGCCAACGUUUCUACUUCCACGUCACUUCAACAGACCAACUCACCUCCCAGGCCUUUAUGGACGUCAUGACGAAGGCAAAAGCCGUUGACCUGUUCAAUCCGUCGGACAUUUUUCAUGCCUCCGAGAGUGCGCAAGAGAGGAACACGGCGUUCACACACACACGAUGGGAUUUGUUGUUGGAAGGUGUAAAGGUAGCAGAUCUUCGAGGCUUGGCACAGUUAGCGCUUCGUCCAGGCGAGGAGUAUCUUGAGUCAUUGAAGGGUUUUGUGCGGCAAUACUACGAAGCCAUUGUUAAGGACAUAUCAAAGUUGACAAAUCUAACAAGAAGAUAUAUCAUGUCGUAUAAAUUCGGAGUUCCGAAGGACCAGCCUUUUAAGCGGCCUCAAGAGAGGGGGACUAUAGACAAGGACUCGGACUAUAUGUCCAGACACGGCCCAUCUCCUUCGUCAUUUACGAGACCUUCUCCAACAGGGUUAUUAGGACUACCUAGGGGACGACUAGGGGCGGAAACCUUAGGGCACGGACAGGGGACAGCUAGGGACAGAGAAGGACAGAUGCAGGGGACGACUAGGGACAGAGAAGAUGCAGGGGACGACUAG